AUGCCUGAAAUCAAGAAUACCUACUUGUCCAACGGACAGAUCCUCCAGAGUCCCCCGCUCUCGGUUCGCAUCACUCGCUUCUUCGAGAAUGUCUACUUCUUUCUAGGCCUUUACUUUGUGUCGCUGUUCUCGCUCGAUCCAUAUACUGCGGCCCAGAACUCGCAAUUUAAUAUCACCCGUCCGGUAAAUAAACACAACACUCGACCGCGAUGGGGAGGCAGUGCUGGUUCUUCCGGCUACGGAGGCGGAGGCGGUGGUCCAGGAGGUAGCGGGCCUCGUGGGCCUGGACCUAGGAGGAUUGGAAGGGUAGAUGAUAUCCGGGCGCCAGAGUGUGGGAGUUGUCGUUGA